AUGCGGCGUCCACGUACCGGAGAGGAAACUGAGAAUGAAAUUGCUUUGGCAAGCUAAAAUGAGCUCAAUUCAAGACUGGGGUGAAGAGGUAGAGGAAGGAGCUGUUUACCAUGUCACCCUCAAAAGAGUCCAGAUUCAACAGGCUGCCAAUAAAGGAGCAAGAUGGCUAGGGGUCGAAGGGGACCAGCUGCCUCCAGGACACACAGUCAGUCAGUAUGAGACCUGUAAGAUCAGGACCAUAAAAGCUGGCACCUUGGAGAAGCUUGUGGAGAACCUGUUGACAGCUUUUGGGGACAAUGACUUUACCUAUAUCAGCAUCUUCCUGUCAACGUACAGAGGCUUUGCCUCCACUAAAGAAGUUCUGGAACUGCUGCUGGACAGGUAUGGAGACCUGACAAGCCCAAACUGUGAAGAAGAGGGAAGCCAGAGUUCAUCAGAGUCCAAGACGGUCAUCAGGAAUGCAAUCGCUUCAAUCCUGAGGGCCUGGCUUGACCAAUGCGCAGAGGACUUCCGAGAACCCCCUCACUUCCCGUGCUUACAGAAGCUGCUGGAUUACCUCAAACGGAUGAUGCCAGGCUCUGACCCAGAGCGAAGAGCACAAAACCUUCUUGAGCAGUUUCAGAAGCAAGAAGUGGAAACUGACAGUGGGCUUCCCAACACCAUCUCCUUCAGCCUGGAAGAGGAGGAGGAGCUGGAGGGCAGAGGGUCAGCAGAAUUCACGUGCUUCUCGGAGGACCUCGUGGCCGAGCAGCUGACCUACAUGGACGCGCAACUGUUCAAGAAAGUAGUGCCUCACCACUGCCUGGGCUGUAUUUGGUCUCGAAGGGAUAAGAAGGAAAACAAACAUUUGGCUCCUACGAUCCGUGCUACCAUCUCUCAGUUUAAUACCAUCACCAAAUGUGUUGUCAGCACCAUCCUGGGGGGCAAAGAACUCAAAACUCAGCAGAGAGCCAGAAUCAUCGAGAAGUGGAUUAACAUUGCUCAUGAAUGUAGAAUCCUGAAGAAUUUUUCCUCCUUGAGGGCCAUUGUUUCAGCACUGCAGUCUAAUUCCAUCUAUCGGUUAAAAAAGGCUUGGGCUGCCGUCCCGAGGGACCGAAUGCUGAUGUUUGAAGAACUUUCAGAUAUCUUCUCAGACCAUAAUAACCAUUUGACCAGCCGGGAACUACUGAUGAAGGAAGGAACCUCAAAAUUUGCAAACCUGGACAGCAGCGUGAAAGAAAACCAGAAACGGACUCAGAGGCGGCUUCAGCUCCAGAAGGACAUGGGUGUGAUGCAGGGUACUGUGCCCUACCUGGGCACCUUCCUGACUGACCUGACCAUGCUUGACACUGCUCUUCAGGACUCCAUCGAGGGUGGACUGAUAAACUUCGAGAAAAGGAGAAGGGAAUUUGAAGUGAUUGCCCAAAUAAAACUCUUACAGUCUGCCUGCAACAGCUAUUGCAUGACCCCAGACCAAAAGUUCAUACAGUGGUUCCAGACGCAGCAGCUCCUAACAGAGGAGGAGAGCUAUGCCCUGUCGUGUGAGAUUGAAGCAGCUGCAGACGCCAGCACCACCUCGCCCAAGCCUCGGAAGAGCAUGGUGAAAAGGCUCAGCCUACUGUUUCUGGGGUCAGACAUUAUCACCAGUAGCACUCCCACUAAAGAGCAGCCCAAGUCCACUGCCAGUGGGAGCUCUGGUGAAAGCAUGGACUCCGUCAGUGUGUCGUCUUGCGAGUCGAACCAUUCAGAGGCUGACGAGGGCUCCAUUACUCCCAUGGACACACCUGAUGAGCCUCAAAAAAAGCUCUCUGAGUCCUCCUCAUCAUGUUCCUCUAUCCAUUCCAUGGACACAAAUUCCUCAGGGAUUUCGUCCUUAGUCAACCCCCUCUCCUCCCCUCCAUCCUGCAACAACAACCCUAAAAUCCACAAGCGCUCUGUCUCUGUGACGUCCAUUACCUCGACAGUGCUGCCUCCUGUUUACAACCAACAGAACGAGGACACCUGCAUCAUCCGCAUCAGCGUGGAGGACAAUAACGGCAACAUGUACAAGAGCAUCAUGUUGACCAGCCAGGAUAAGACCCCUGCCGUGAUCCAGAGAGCAAUGCUGAAGCACAAUCUGGACUCGGACCCCGCUGAGGAGUAUGAGCUGGUGCAGGUCAUCUCAGAGGACAAAGAACUCGUGAUCCCAGAUUCAGCAAACGUCUUUUAUGCCAUGAACAGCCAGGUGAACUUUGACUUCAUUUUACGCAAAAAGAACUCCAUGGACGAGCAAGUGAAACUGCGCAGCCGCACCAGCCUGACAUUGCCCAGGACAGCUAAACGGGGCUGCUGGAGCAACAGACACAGCAAAAUCACCCUCUGAAGGAAGGGACCAGUGGCCCCUUGGCUGCCAAAGGCACAGUGGGGCUAAGAACAGGCCAUGGUGAUUGCAACUACCAUCCAGUGUUAGAGGAUCGUUGGCGAAGUCAGCAGAUAUUUAUUGCAUACCUGUGGUGUGCAAAGCUCUGUGAUAGGCAUUGUGGGGCAAUUGGAAAUGAAUUAGACGUGAAAAGGAUGAGCGAUUCACUGAUUCUCUUUGACCUAUUUGAGACUGAAAUGCAAAUUUAUCCACAUUUAUAAAUAUAUAUAUGUACACAUCUUUGGUAGGGAUGUGUGUGUGUGUGUGUGUAUAAGUAUGCGAGGGACUUUAUGGGAUAUUCUGGACUAUGAAAAUACAAAUUUGCACAAUAGCCUGGGAAGUUGAGGUCACUUUUUACAGGGAAAUAGAAGGAACUGAGAACCUAGUCUCAUACCUUCCAAGUAAAUGGACUCAAUCCUAAGAAUACAGAGUGUCCUUUGUGCCAGUAUUAUAAGAAGCCCAAACUUUAUUUUUAUAAAGGGAGAGGAUUACUUUCUCAAUCAAGUGCCACCAGAUAAAAACAACUGCAGAGGCUGGAACUGCCACAGGCUGAAUGAAAGGCCACUUUUGCAAAGGGUUUGGAUGAGUCAGUGGCCUUCAACCUCUGCCUGCAUCUGCCGCUUUCUGCUACCUUAGGGAGGGCCAGGAGGAGCUUCGGAGGCCCAUCUGUCCCACUGGCCUAGCCAUCACGACACCUCUGGAGUCGAUACAAGCCCGUCUCGAUUUCUGGCAAUCCCGUUGUGUUUCUGUUUUCUCCUCUAAAGAACAUACCAUAAUCAUUACUGCACAAAUAGCUGUGUUCUUUGGUAACUUAUUAGCCAGAAAAGAAAGUGCAAGAGAAUGGUGUCUCACUUGGACUCUUACCUGUCUUGGAAUGCCACUCCUUCAUUGCCUUUUCUGAUCGCCUUUUGCAUGUAAAACUGUAUGUCUGGAGUCUUUUGCCAUCUGGAUCCUAGAACCUCUAUAUUAUACGUGCAAUUUGUUCCUCAGGUGUAGAAAUUUCUACUGCGGUUGACCCCAUUUGAUCAUUUCUACUAACAGUGACUGCCCUGUUAGUAGCCCCCUGGAAGAUGUCCCCUGCUGAUAUCAGCAUCUGUUUUACUUGUUAACUUUUAUAGCAUUACUGUGCCUAGUCCUGGGGAAAGAAGAGGGGCUGCAUAUAUUAUCUAAAUCAUUUCUCAAAGAGGUGCAUUCUUCCAGAUGGAAUCAGUGACUUUUCUUUCCAUGUCCCUACAUUUGCCAUCACAGUGUCACUGUCGAGUGACAUUUUUGUCUCUAGUAACACCAUCACACUCUCCCUUCUAAUUAUGAGCUGUGCUAGGGUUAGAACUAAAAAGCCAUAUGUAGGAUGUUGACAUAUGUAAGAAGCACUUUCAGGAUGUUGUCCUUUUUAGGAAAAAAAUUCUUAAAAUACCAGUUUUAAUUCCAAAAAUAAAGAGAAUGAACCCAGAAUAUGAAGUAUAGAUUGUAACAUGGAGCUUUGACAUCUAAUCCUGUGGUAAAGCUCCCAAAGGUCACGUGGGAUUUCUGUUAUGUAAAAUAGCCAUAUGAAUUCUGCGAGAACCACCAGGGAAAGUUUAGAGAUUUGUGGUAAUGGACCAAAGAAUAAUCCAGGAAGUCCUCAGAUUUCCUUUGGUCUUUCCAGGAGAUCGGACUGUGCAUUGUAAAGACUGACUGGGUUUCAACUAGUCAAAAGCACUUUCUUCUGUUUGUGAAGCUUGUCCAAUUUGUGUUUUUGUGCCCAGAGGAGAGAUGGCAAGGGCGGCAGUUGUCAUGGAGAUCGAAGUAAAUGUAGCCUUAGCCUGAUUUUCUUGGUGCGAAGGUCAAAAAAAAACACAGAACUAUUGGCCUGGUUUAUGGUGUGGCUACCAAAACAUCCAUGUUGUGCCCAUGUGCUUGCCCUGUGUAUUUAUACUGUAUAUGUAGAGUCUAGAUUUAUAUACUGCAAUGUAAAAAAUAUAUAUAUAUAUUUACCUUUUUUAAAGACAAUGGAAAUUCCAAGUAGAUAAAACAUAGCCUCAUUUAUUUAAUGCCACUUUAAAUGUCUUCUGUUUGUUUCCCGGCAGACAGCUUGGUCAUGC